CUGGAGCAUGCGCAGGCGCGCGGGGCGCCCCGGACUGAUGGCGGAAGUGGACCUGGUAGCCGAGUUCCCCCAACCUGCCGGUGCUGCCCGAUAUGCCGAGGUUAUGGCUCGCUUCGCCGCCGGACUGGGCGCGCAGGGCCGACGGGUGGUGUUGGUUACGUCCGGAGGCACGAAGGUCCCACUGGAAGCCCGGCCAGUGCGCUUCCUGGACAACUUCAGCAGCGGGCGGCGCGGUGCCACCUCGGCUGAGGCCUUCCUGGCUGCGGGCUACGGAGUCCUGUUCCUGUACCGCGCUCGCUCGGCCUUUCCCUUUGCCCACCGCUUUCCGCCCCAGACCUGGCUGUCUGCUCUGCGGCCUUCCGACCCAUCUCCUUCGGGUUUGGUGAGCCUAGAAACUGAGGAGAAUGCACUCCCAGGCUUUGCUGCGGCUCUGCGGAGCUACCAGGAGGCUGCGGCUGCUGGCACCUUCCUGGCAGUAGAGUUCACCACUUUGGCGGACUAUUUGCAUCUGCUGCAGGCUGCGGCCCAGGCGCUCAAUCCUCUAGGAGCUUCUGCUAUGUUUUACCUGGCUGCGGCAGUGUCAGAUUUCUAUGUUCCUGCCUCAGAAAUGCCUGAACACAAGAUCCAGUCAUCUGGGGGCCCACUGCAGAUAACAAUGAAGAUGGUGCCAAAAAUGCUUUCUCCUUUGGUUAAAGACUGGGCUCCCAAAGCAUUUAUAAUUUCCUUUAAGCUGGAGACUGACCCCUCCAUUGUAAUUGAUCGUGCACGGAAUGCUUUGGAAGUUUACCGACAUCAAGUGGUGGUGGCUAAUAUCCUUGAGUCACGAAGGUCGUUUGUGGUUAUUAUAACCAAAGACUCAGAAACCAAGUUAUUGCUAUCUGAGGAAGAAGUAGAAAAAGGCAUAGAGAUAGAAGAGAAGAUAGUGGAUGAUCUUGGGUCUCGACACACAGCCUUUAUACAUAACAAAAACUGAAGUAAAAAGCUCUUAACGGGAUCAGAAAUUGUUCAGUGGAUCAGGGCUCUUACAUAUGGUGAGAACUAGAAUAAAUCUUUUGCUUCCAUAAAGACAGAAAAUGGAGGGAAAAAGAAGUCAGUGGUGUGCAGGCAAAUGAUUUGGUAUUUGUCUUUCAUUUCAUACUCAUUAAAAAUGAAAACCAAGGUAAAACAAUUAUGGCUGACAAACUCACCUGAAUGUUAUCUGGAUUUUGAAGGGGAACAAACACAAGCUGUUUCUCACCUCUUAAAAAAGAGCUUUUUGGGAAUUAUAUUCCUUAAAAUAUACACGAGGGGCCUAAAUAUCAACCUUUCAUACUGUAAAAAAGGAUUAUGGAUGCAUGAGUGGCCGUGCUUUGAAGAUAAGUAUUUCUUGUUGCCUACUAUGUGGUAGGCCCUGGGACUUUGAGGAUUAAAAGGAGUACACAUGUUUAGUUUGGGAAAUGGUUAUAUACAUUAAAUGCAAUAAAGUGUGUGACCAAAGCCAACACAA